AUUUUAAUCAAUAUAAGGCCAGCACAAGAGAAUCCAUUCUCUUCACCAUCUCACUUAUCUUACAAGCUCAGUAAUGGCUCCUCGUAGCCCCAGGUUAGUAGUGCCGAUCGAUCCCAAUAAGAAGCCAUGGCAGCAGAGGCACCCUCUACACAACCGCUGGCAUCCUCGCAUACCCCCAGUUGCAGAUGUAACAGAGUUAGAGGUAUUUCGGCUCGAGAUGAUGGACUGGACGGGCGGAGCUGUCGCCGAUAAUGAUUCAGCCAUGGACAUCAAAUCUUUGGAUUUCACCAUUACGCAUUAUCUUAGCGGGCCGAUAAGAGUUUCAGACGAGGGAGGAAUACCAGCAAAGCCGGGCGAUCUUCUUGCGAUCGAAAUCUGUGACUUAGGUCCUCUUCCUGGACAUGAUUGGGGUUACACAGCAACAUUUGACAGAGAAAAUGGAGGCGGAUUUUUGACGGACCACUUCCCCAAUGCAACAAAAGCUAUCUGGUACUUUGAAGGAAUAUAUGCAUACUCCCCACAGAUACCAGGUGUGCGCUUUCCUGGUCUAAUUCACCCAGGAAUUGUGGGGACUGCGCCAUCCCUUGAACUUCUGAAUAUUUGGAAUGAAAGGGAGAAGAAGUUGGCUGAAAAUGGUCCCAAUUCUCUUAAGAUAUGCGAAGUUGUGCACCAGAGACCGCUAGCAAACCUACCAACAGCCAGAAAUUGCCUCCUUGGAAAGAUUAACGAAGGAACAGCUGAAUGGGAAAGAAUUGCAAAUGAGGCUGCAAGAACAAUCCCAGGAAGGGAAAAUGGAGGAAAUUGUGACAUCAAGAAUCUAAGUAGAGGUUCAAAAAUAUAUCUUCCAGUUUUUGUGGAAGGCGCAAACCUCAGUUCAGGUGACAUGCACUUCUCUCAAGGUGAUGGUGAAGUUUCAUUUUGUGGAGCAAUAGAGAUGGGUGGUUUCCUAGAGCUCAAGUGCGAGAUCAUAAGGGGCGGGAUGAAGGAAUACCUAUCCCCAAUGGGGCCAACCGCGCUGCACGUGAAUCCGAUCUUCGAGAUCGGCCCAGUGGAGCCUCGAUUCUCCGAAUGGUUGGUGUUCGAGGGCAUCAGCGUGGACGAGAGCGGACGGCAGCAUUUCAUGGACGCCACAGUGGCCUACAAGCGCGCCGUGCUGAACGCCAUUGAUUACAUCUCCAAGUUCGGCUAUUCGAAGGAGCAGGCUUAUCUCCUCCUCUCUUGCUGUCCCUGUGAGGGCCGUAUCUCCGGCAUCGUUCACAUUCCCAAUGCCGUCGCCACCAUUGCUAUCCCUGUCUCCAUUUUCGACCAGGAUAUACGGCCAAAAGAUAGGAAGUUGGUGGGGCCCAGAAUUCUGAAGAAGCUGCCAGAUGUCAUCCGAUGUUGGUAUGAUGGGAACUCGGAAUUCAGUGAUCAUAUAACCAUAUAAGGCUGCCUGCCGAGCUCCUCAACAGAGCGCAGUGAUGGCUCCUCUAAGCCCA